AUGGUCCAUGAUGACAAUCUCGAGGUUGUUGAUCUCGAAGCUUUAACACCAUCAUCUAGUGCCGGGAAGCGCCCUAUUGAGAUUGUUGCCACCACUGACUCUUUGGAGUGGUCUUCUUCGAAAGGUGGUGUUGUUUCCGCUACCUUUAAGAUCCAAAAAAAUGGAAAAGUUAAGAAACUUAACAUUACUGAAGGUAAUAUUGGUUGUCUAAAUGAUAGUGAAGCUGAAGUUGACUUUCCAGAAGACGUUAUCGUUCGCUCUACAUGUGACCAUAUUCUUUCAGUUGAAUUGACCAUUUAUCCGUCUUUUCAAAAGCAUCUUGAUGAUCCAUCAUAUCUUCAAGAUAAAACUAUUUUGGUCCCUACAAAUGAAGAAGUCGAUGCUAUCAAUGAAUACAUGUUAGGAUUGAUGAAAGAUGAAGGGAAAACUUAUCUUCGUAUUCUUUAUGUGAGACAGAGUCAACAUAUUGUUUUGAAGAAACAGUUUACUCUCUGA